UUGUCUGCUGUCAACACGGUGUGUAAACACCUCCACCUUCAGGCGGCGGGACCGCGCACACACACUCCCUCCGCUAGCGUGAAAACCGUGAAUGGGAAAAACCUGCGUGAUUCUGACUCCGUGGCCUGGUCCGGGGAAGAGUCCGGUAGAGGAGCCGCUGUUCGUGGGUUCACAGCCCAGAGAACGCAGGCAGCUGAGCGGCGCUGGUCGACGGCCAUGGCAGCAGCGUCCGUGGUGGAGCCCGAUCCGGCGACGAGCGAAGGCGGCGCCGCUGCUUCCCCCGGCGUCCAGAGCCGAGACUGGGACGAGUCUCAGCUCCGCAAAUACCCGUUCACCACCAGAGCCAUUCCCCGGUUGUCCCACACGGACCCCCGCGCUGAGCUGCUCAUCGACAACGAGGAGCCGGUGGUUUUAACUGACACAAACCUUGUGUAUCCAGCGCUCAAAUGGGACAUUGCAUACCUGCAGGAGAACAUUGGAAAUGGAGACUUCUCUGUUUACACCGCAGAAAACCACAAAUUCCUCUACUACGACGAGAAGAAAAUGUCCAACUAUGAGAACUUUGCCCCCACGUCACGGCGGCUGGAGAUGAAAUUCUCUGAGUUUGUGGAUAAAAUGCACAAAACGGAGGAAGAUGGAGGAGAGGAGAGAGUUUACCUGCAGCAGACCUUGAAUGACACAGUGGGGAAGAAGAUAGUCGUUGACUUCCUCGGUUUCAACUGGAACUGGAUCAACAAGCAGCAAGCCAAGAGGAACUGGGGACAGCUGACAUCCAACCUGCUGCUCAUCGGCAUGGAGGGGAAUGUGACACCGGCACAUUACGACGAGCAGCAGAACUUCUUUGCACAAAUUAAAGGACAUAAGAGAUGCAUCCUCUUCCCCCCAGACCAGUUUGAGUGUCUCUAUCCGUAUCCUGUGCACCACCCAUGUGACAGACAGAGCCAAGUGGAUUUUGAUAACCCUGAUUUAGAGCAGUUUCCCAGUUUUAAAAAUAUUGUUGGCUAUGAGGCUGUUGUAGGCCCAGGAGAUGUGCUCUACAUUCCCAUGUAUUGGUGGCAUCACAUUGAAUCAUUGUUGAGCGGUGGAGUGACGAUCACUGUCAACUUCUGGUACAAGGGCGCCCCCACCCCCAAGAGGAUAGAGUACCCACUGAGAGCCCAUCAGAAGGUGGCCAUCAUGAGAAACAUCGAGAAGAUGCUGGGAGAAGCUCUUGGAAACCCACAUGAAGUUGGACCCUUACUGAAAACCAUGAUCAAGGGGCGAUAUGACCAGGAUUUCAGUUAGAGGCCCCCUCCCCUUGCCCCCUUGAAACUGUUAACUUUGUUCCUUUUGAAACGUGUGAAAGUGAGACUGCUGCGUGUGUCAUGCGCAUCCUGACUGUGGAGCUACGCAUCACUGCAUGGCAAUAAGCCACCAUUUUGAAUACCAUUCCGCUUGAGUCGUCUCCAAGUGCCAUCGCUAUCACAAAUAUGACGAUUACAGAAGAAGCUCCUGCCUAACUCGUAAGAAUUGGCGCCUACUUGAAGAGGUCUUCUUUUUAUUUUUCCUUUUGGCCUCAAGUCGAGAUAGUUUUUCUGUGAUGCAGUGUUCUGUCAGCACUCAUGAUUCAAGCUGGUGGGUGUUAAGGGUGUAUUUGCUCACCCAGUCAGUAACAGUUGGCUGGAAUCGGUACCUUUUGAGCAACCUCAACAUUUUGUAAAAAAAGAAAACAGUCGUAGCUUGAUUAGUAAAUAUGUGGAAUGGUCGUAUCAUGUUCUACGUGUUUAUCACAAACUCGUAAAGAUGACAGGUCCUUAUUUAUUAGUUUGAUCUGCAUCAUCUUGAUGCCUAAUAACAACAUUAGUUUCUGUGAGUGAAGACUCUCUGCUGCAAAGAAGACAGAAAAGAACCAUUGAUGGAAUAUGAUCAAAAGCGUGUUGGAGUGCAAACAGAGGGUUUAUAUAUUAAGCUGAAGGAAUAUGCGAUGGCUGAUGCUGCUAAAUGAUUUUUGCCGAGUGUUUGCCUUGUGCUUUAUUUAUGCUCUUGCUUGUUUUAUGUUAGAGGAAUUUCUGGACGUGUUUUCCCACAGACCAGUAAUAGGUCAGGAGGCACUGACGAUAAAUUGAAGUACAAUCUGCAAUUUUAGUUGCAAAUGUUAAAUUUAAGACUUACUGUUUUUUGGGAAACUUCAGGUAACUACAGUUGAUGUUUUCUUGAAUAUUAUGAUUUGAACUGUUAUGAGUGUAAAACUGCUUAAAUGGUUCGGUUUAUGUUCAAAUGUUAUUCACUGACUGAUCUAGCAGGGCCAUCUGCUGGAAUCUCAUUCAUGUACUCAGCCAUGGCAGUGCAACAUAAAAGCACCAUCUAGUGUUCACGUUUGCAGUUGCAUGUUCAGCUUGAUGUGUCUGGUCCGUGCACUAUACUUCUGCAAUACAAAUAUUCAGUGUGUUGCAUUAAAUGCCACAGAUCUGGGAUUAAAUGACACUGUAAUGUGUAUAAAAGGAUGAAUUCCAGUGGAAAACAUGCACGUGCUCCUAUAAUCACUAUAGAUCCUCAGAAAUGAACUCGUCUUCACUUUCCUGCAGCCGCAUUUUCACCCUAAGGAGUCUCGAGAGCAACUUAAAAUGUGCCGCCGUGCAGUUUGCACACGCUUUCUCUCAAACUGUUGUGAAAAUGUACAUUCAAUGAAAGGGAAGGAUCAUUUCACACACCGUGCUGUAUGUGGCAAACCUCCAUAAACCAUCAUAUCCUUAUUUUCCUGUGACAUUGUAUGAAUCAGUAAGUGAUGCACUAAAAACAAUAUCAUCCGAGCACUUAAUUCAACAGCAAUACACAGGUUUUCAAUGGUUUUGUUCUGAUUAACUUAUUGCUGGUAAUGUGCAGAUCAACACUGCACACUAAUUCAACAAUGCUACUUUCUAUGUAUUUUAUGCUACGUGCAACUAUUGUUUCAACUGUUCUGUUGCGAUGUUACCCAGUUUACUAUGUGUGCCUUGCUUGACAUGGAAAGGUCACUAAAUGCUGCACGAUCAUGAUUUCUCUUUCUUUCCUUUUUUUUUUUACAAAAGUGUUUUCACUUUGGAAUUUAACACUUAACAGGUGAGAGUGACAAGAGUUCAUAGAGCUAGUGGCAUGUUUUUGAUUGAUGGCUGCUGGCUUUCUGUUUUGAACAUUCAGUUUGUGUUCACCUUGUUCCUCUGAUUAAAGUUUGUUUGCAAAGUU